UCGCCUGCCUUCCAUUUUUGAGGACAUGUAUUGCCAUUGUUAGAGUGGUCACUUGAAUAUCUUGUCAACAUAAAGUACAAUCUUCGUUGUGAAUUAAAUGUACAAAUAUGGCGGAGGCUUCCUUUGGAAGUACAAGCCCAGUUGGCUCUCUGUCUUCAGAAGAUCAUGACUUUGAUCCGACAGCAGAGAUGUUGGUCCAUGACUAUGACGACGAGCAAACUUUGGAGGACGAGGAGAUGCAGGAGGAAGGGACAAGCGUCAGCGCUGAAAUAGCAGAUUUAGAGAAGGAGGGCAACAUGCCACUGGAGGAGCUGCUAGCUAUGUAUAGAUACGAAGCAUCAAUUGGCACCGCUGGAGGGUCCAGUGUGGGCGGCUCUUCUGUUGAACUUACGGACGAGCUACCUGAUAUGACAUUAGAUAAAGAAGAGAUAGCAAAAGAUCUUCUGUCAGGUGACGAUGAAGAAACGCAGUCCUCAGCUGAUGACCUCACACCCUCGGUGACAUCCCAUGAAACCAGUGAUUUCUUCCCCAGAACACUACGUUCUCAUGCUAUUUACGAUGGAGACAAGGAAUCGGAGGGUGAGGAAGAUGGUGUGUGUCCUGAGGACACCAGGAAGGAAAUCAUGGUCGGGUCCCAGUAUCAAGCUGAAAUCCCUGCCCUUGUCUGUUGCUACGACGCCAAUGAAAAAGUGUAUGAGAAUGAAGACCAGUUGCUAUGGCAACCUGAUGCCCUGCCGGAGCAGACAGUGAAAGACUUCCUGCAUGACACUUCCGCCCUAGUAGUUGAUGGGAAGGUGGGGCCUGCGCUGGAGAGUGGUCUCGUUCAAGACAACGAGCAGGCCUUGUAUGAGCUUGUGAAGUGUAACUACACCGUCCAUGAUGCACUGGAGCGUUAUCGCCGGAGUGAAAAGUUCUCUGAGGGUGAAAUGCCUCCCUGGUCAGAAGAAGAAUGCAGAAACUUUGAACUUGCGCUACUCCUUUAUGAGAAGAACUUUCACCUCAUCCAGAAACACAAGGUGAAUACAAGGACAGUCGCUGAAUGUGUCGCCUUCUACUACAUGUGGAAAAAGUCGGAACGAUUUGACUUCUUCGUCCAACAGAACCGGUUUGGGAAAAAGAAGUAUAGCAGCUACCCCGGUGUAACGGAUCUGAUGGACAGGCUGGUGGAUGAGGCUGAAGGUUUGGUGGUGGACGGGUCGGCCUCUGUGUGCUCCAGUAGCAGUGGAGGAGGUCGGAUGGAGUACUCGGCAGAGCACCAGCUCAACCUCCUUAACUCUAUCACGGCCAGCGACCUCUCUGCGUUGACCAGCAGUGUGGCGUCUGUAUGUAACCCGUCUGACGCGGGCUGCCUGGAGUCCUACAGCUUCCCCCCGUUAGAGGGCCUCCACCGGGGCUCCCUGAGCCAUGACGAGUCCCUGGGAUUCAUCCCCAACGGCACAGGAGACCCCGACUGCAUCAACCUGCUGGACGCCGGCUUCUACCACUCCGACCUGGGCCAGUUGGCCUCCUGCACGGACGACUACGACAGACCCCCCUCCAAGCGCCUCAAAAUGAGCUUGCCCGAGGCCACCGUAGAAAAUCUGGGCCUGGAUUAUGAGGCACGCCCGCAUCCUAUCACGAGCACCAAGAUGGCAGUGUCGGUGACAGACUUUGGCAGCCUAGUGACCGACGAGGCCAACGGCUACAUCGGAACGCGACCAGCACACACACGACACCAGUACCAACCGCACACAGCCCUACAGUCGGAGUGAAUGGUUGCUAGGUAACCGUGUGUGAACGGCUGCGACACGUCACACCACUUCUCCCUCCCUACUUUAUGGUGGAGCCCACCAUCAUCUGUGUACAUAUUUGUUCAUUGGAGAUUAUAUUUAUUUUGUGUGUGUAUAUGUAUAUAUAUAUGUGUAUGUAUGUGUGUGUGUGUAUGUAUGUAUGUGUGUGUGUAUAUAUAUAUAUAUAUAUAUAUAUAUGUGUGUAUAUAUAUAUAUAUACACACAUAUUUAUAUAUAUAUAUUUAUUUAUAUAUAUAUUUAUAUAUACAUAUUACCGUUCAAAAGUUUGAGGCCCUUGUUUUUGAAAGAAAAGCACUAAUUUUGUCUAUUAAAAUGACAUCACAUUGAUCAGAAAUACAGUGUAGACAUUGUUAAUGUUGUUGUAAAUUACUUUUGUAGCUGGAAACAGCAGAUUUUUUUUAUUAUGGAAUAUCUAUGUAGGCGUACAGAGACCCAUUCUCAGCAACCAUCACUCCUGUGAUCCAAUGGCACGUUGUGUUAGCUAAUCCAAGUUUAUAAUUUUAAAAGGUUAAUUGAUCAGUAGAGAACCCUUUGGCAAUUAUGUUAGCACAGCUGAAAACUGCUCUGGUUAAAAAAGCAAUAAAACUGCUUAGAAGACCAGCAUCCCGGAGUCGCCUCUUCACUGUUGUCGUUGAGACUGGUGUUUUGCGGGUACUAUUUAAUGAAGCUGCCAGUUGAGGAAUUGUGAGGCGUCUGUUUCUCAAACUAGACACACUAAUGUACUUGUCCUCUUGCUCAGUUGUGCACCGGGGCCUCCCACUCUUUCUAUUCUGGUUAGAGUCAGUUUGCGCUGUUCUGUGAAGGGAGUAGUACACAGCGUUUUACGAGAUCUUCAGUUUCUUGGCAAUUUCUCGCAUGGAAUAGCCUUCAUUUCUCUGAACAAGAAUAGACUUGACGAGUUUCAGAAGAAAGUUCUUUGUUUCUGCCCAUUUUGAGCCUGUAAUCGAAACCACAAAUGCUGAUGCUCCAGAUACUUAACUACCCUAAAGACGGCCAGUUUUAUUGCUUCUUUAAUCAGAACAACAGUUUUCAGCUGUGCUAACAUAAUUGCAAAAGGGUUUUCUAAUGAUCAAUUAGCCUUUUAAAAUUAUAAACUUGGAUUAGCUAACACAACGUGCCAUUGAAACACUGGAGUGAUGGUUGCUUAUAAUGGGACUCUGUACGCCUAUGUAGAUAUUCCAUAAAAAAUCUCAGAUCUCAAAAAUCAAGUCUCAAAGUCAUUUACAACAUUAACAAUGUCUGCACUGUAUUUCUGAUCAAUUUAAUUAUUUUUAUGUGAUUUUUCUUUCAUAAACAAGGACAUUCUUAAGUGACCCUGAACUUUUGAGCGGUAGUGUGUGUAUGAGUGUGUGUGUGUAUAUGUAUGAGUGUACAAAACAUUAAGAAUGCUUUCUAAUAUUGAGUUGCACCCCCUUUUGCCCUCAGAACAGCCUCAAUUCUUCAGGGCAUGGACUCUACAAGGUGUCGAAAGCAUUCCACAGGGACCAUGGCCCAUGUUGACUCCAAUGCUUUCCACAGUUGUGUCAAGUUGGCUGGAUGUCCUUUGGGUGGUGGGCCGUUCUUGAUACACACUGGAAACUGUUGAGCUUGAAAAACGUAGCAGUGUUGCAGUUCUUGACACACUCAAACCCGUGCACAUGGCAGCUACUACCAUACCCCGUUCAAAGGCACUUCAAUCUUUUGUCUUGCCCAUUCACUGUCUGAAUGGCACACACACACAAUCCAUGUCUCAAUUGUCUCGAGGCUCUCCUCCCUUUUAAUCUACACUGAUUUUGAAGUGGAUUUAACAGGUGACAUCAAUAAGGGAUCAUAGCGUUCACUUGUAUUAUUUACCUGUUCGGUCUGUCAUGGAAAGAGCAUGUUUCGUACACUCAGUUUAUAUGAUAUACAUAUGUUUUUUUACUAUGACGUCAGUGAUGUCUUCUUGUACAGAAAAAAAUUAAAUAUUGAAUAUAGCCAUUUAUUUUUCCGUCCCGGAAUUUUGGGAAAUGCCCAUCUGUGUCCGAAUACUGUGGGAACGGAACUACUGGUGGGAGAUUUGUGCUUUUGGAGGUCUGUUCCACAUCAGUGGAUCCCAUGAGCGUUAUCCUUCAAGUGUUGGCAAAACUCACCUCUACAUCUAUGACUAGUUCUCUUCCUCGCUGGCUGUAUGAGCAGCAUUCUCUCACCGUUGCUACUUUCCCAGUGUUUACAGGUACCAACGACCUGGCCCUAAAUGUAGCAUUUUGUAAGAGGGUCCCCAGGUUUUGUAUAUUUUGUACAGAUGUACUACUUGUCAUCCAUGUGCAAAACACUUUUUUGUAAAUGUUUGCCUCUGUAUGUGUAACCUUUUUAUUUAACUUGGCAAGUCAGUUAAGAACACAUUGUUAUUUACAAUGACUGCCUACCCUGGCCAAACCCAUACGACGCUGGGUCAAUUUGUGCGCCGCCAAAUAUACUGUAAAUAAAGAGAAAUGUAUAUUCUGUUUUA